AUGUAUGAUCUUCCUGUCUCACCGGCAUUCAGCAUUUUUACAGCUUUCUUACAGGAUCCAGUUACUAUAGAUAAUGAUGAUGCUUUUUUCUAUCUAAAAAGAGACUCCUACGAUGGAGUAAUUUUGUCCAAGAUUACUAUGUCUGUUUUGUACAAAUAUAACCCCAGAGGUCAUCAUUCAAAUGUAGCAGACAAUUUAAGACGUUUCCCGAUCGUCUUAGUCACAGGUGAAUUGGUUAUGUUAAAAAGAUUGGUGUGCAUUUUAAGCAAUAUCAUCGAAUGGACCUAUCCAAAUCAAUUGGCAAAAAAAUUUGAAGUUCCAAAUGUUCGAUACUACAAAGGGAAAGAGAAAAUGGCCACUAAUGCCCAAGAAGAAAGUUCUUUAAGAGUAAAAAGGUUGAAAAAUAACAUCGAAAACGUUAAAG